AUGGCGAUUCCACAUGAUUCAAAUGAAGCUUCCUAUUUACUGCCUCCAAAUGAGGAAGCCUGGGGGGAGCGAGGCAUUCCUGACUUUGUCUAUGGGCUGGAGGAACUGCUAGCAGGAGGGGUUCAGUGGCCCAGGAUUGCAGCUGGCCUUCUGGGGACUUUGCCACUGUCUCGCUUUGACUCUGCAAUCUGCUCUGCCUGGAAGCAGCGGAUGGAGCUGGGCCUGUUUCGUUACCACCUGGGGGAAUUACAGACCCAAACCCUCCCUGGUGCUGUGGGUUUUGUGGCUCAGCUAAAUGUGGAGCGAGGGGUACAGAGAAGGCGCCCCCAGAGCAUCAAGAGCGUGAAGCAGUCAUUUGACCCAGAACAGUUUAACUUUAACAAGAUCCGACCAGGAGAAAUUCUCUUCCGUUUGCACCGAGAGCCCAGCCUGCCUGGUGCUACCCAGCAAGAGGACAUCCUUGUGAUGAUCAACGUCAGCCCCCUGGAGUGGGGCCACGUGCUGCUGGUGCCUGAACCGGCCCUGGCACUCCCCCAGCGCCUACUGCCAGGUGCACUGCGGGCCGGGAUCGAGGCUGUGCUGCUCAGCCGACACCCAGGCUUCCGGGUUGGCUUCAACAGCCUGGGUGGCUUGGCCUCAGUGAACCACCUGCACCUGCACGGCUACUACCUGGCCCACAGACUGCCCGUGGAGGGGGCGCCAAGCCAGCCCCUGGACCCUGGAGGCCUUCUGCAUCUGCUUCUUGCUCCCCCAGCUCCUGGCUUCCUCUUUUACACUAGCAGCCCAGGACCUGACUUGGAAGCCUUGGUAAACAGAGUGUGUCGGGCUACUGACUACCUGACUGACCAUGAGAUUGCCCAUAACUUAUUUGUGACCCGAGGGGCCCCUCCUGGAAAGACUUCGCCUUCCUCAGCCCUCAUGGGGGUCCGAGUCAUUCUCUGGGCCCGGAAGUCCAGCUUUGGAAUAAAGGAAGGCGAGGCUUUCAACGUUGCCCUCUGUGAGUUGGCCGGACACCUCCCUGUCAAAACAUCCCAGGACUUCAGCAGCCUGACAGAGGCAGCUGCUCUGGCUCUUAUCCAGGACUGUCUGCUGCCGCCAGCCCAGGCAGAAGAGGUCCAGGCCGCACUGGUGGCCCUAGUGGUCCGGGAGGAGCAGUAG